CCCUCACAUCUCCCCUCUAUUGACUCGCUCUCCUGCAUCAUACUGGAGACCCCGUUGAGAGGAUCUUUUCACUCUAUAAAGAGAAGAUGCAGCUCAGGCGCUUUUGAGAUGAUCGCAAGGAUUUACUGCGCGCCUCUCUGCCUCUAACUUCAGACCUCUCUGCUCCAACCGCAGAUUGUCUGGACUGCUCGCACACUGACAACAAUUACCUGGCGGACUGAGGGACAUUUCAGUGACGCGGGAUAUUUCAGUCUACUUUCCCAAGGAGUCAUCCGAGAGCAUCUUUUCUUCUCUUCUGCACCCGAGCUGUAGUUGAGACUUUGUGCUUCGUGCCUCUCGGCGCAGUUUGUGUUGCAGGUGCGUGGAGGAGCGCGAGGACAGAUGGCUGCGCUCGCGAUACAAAGGACUGACAACUUUUUGCACACCUUCUUACAGGACAGGACGCCCAGCUCCUCCCCAGAGGGAGCCCCCAACGCCCUGUCCUUCCUGGCCACCACCUGUAGCCAGGCCUGGCAGGUGGGGGGUGCGAUGGGCUCAGAAGGUUCCCAGUUCCCCUACGAGAGCACCGUCAGCUCCACAGCGGGGAUGUUCCAGCUCUGGAGCAACGAAAUGGCGCCCAGCUCAGCCCUCAGCACACACCAGAUGACCUUCACGGUGCCCAAGGUGCAGUUUCCCGGACACAUGCAGCCUAGUCUGGGUCACCAUCAUCAUCACCCCCAUCAUCACCACCACCAUGAGCUGCCUCUCACCCCUCCGGCUGAACCACCUUCUUCUUACUCUUUUGAACUCUCCCCCGUCAAAGUGCUGUCCUCACAGUCGCAGACCACCGGCUCCUAUUACCCUCAGCACAACAGUGUGGCACAAAACUUCCCCAGCUUCCUCCAGAACCCCUCGGCCCGGCAUCACCUGCCCGGAGGCCAUAUGGACGAAGGGCAGCAAUGGUGGAGCCUACCUCAAACCAACGCCACCCCCUCCAACCAUCACUUCUCUCUGGGCAGACAGCUGGUUUUGGGCCACCAGCCACAGAUAGCUGCUCUUCUCCAAGGCACCUCCAAAGGCCUCCUGAGCUCCACACGCCGCUGCCGCCGCUGCAAGUGCCCCAACUGCCAGGCAAAUGGAGGGGGGUUAGAGUUUGGAAAGAAGAGACUGCACAUCUGCCACAUCCCAGAGUGUGGCAAAGUGUACAAGAAGACCUCUCACCUCAAGGCACAUCUGCGCUGGCACGCCGGGGAGAGGCCCUUCAUCUGUAACUGGCUCUUCUGCGGGAAAAGCUUCACCCGUUCAGACGAGCUACAGCGGCACCUCCGCACACAUACCGGGGAGAAGCGCUUUGGGUGCCAGCAGUGCGGCAAGAGGUUCAUGAGGAGUGACCACCUCUCCAAACAUGUGAAGACCCACCAGACCAGGAAGAGCCGGUCUGCGCAGCCUUCACAGAGCACGGACCCGCUGCUCACCAAUAUCAAGAGAGAGUAAUCCACCAUUCCACAAUAAUAAUCAACUAUGAACAGACUGUGUUACACUUACUGCCAUAGGUUUGCACUAGAGGGUGAGCAUCAAGCUCCCCGAAUAUCUUCUGUUGUCGAAGCCCUACUUUUGACUUCAAGUAGUACCGUGAAAAUAUAUUUAGAGACCAUCUUUAAAAAGGUUAUCAUGUUCUUUUUGAGGCAAGGCAGCUUUAAAGAUGAAUUGAAGUUCCUUUUCAGUGAUAUUUCAAGAGUUGUGCUGAAUUUUGUCUACUUCAAAAUGCCACAAAAAACUAUUUCUCCUGAAACAAGAAAGGUAUUGUGCCUUAAAUACUUGUUUAAAUUUGAACUGAUAGGAAAAUGGAAAAAUCUUAAACAUUAAUUUUGUAAAUAUUUUGUGAAGGAUGUGCCAGACAUAAGCGAGUUCCACAAGGUUUACCUUAAUAUGUCCAUAUUAUCAUGUUCAAAAUAAAUGUAUGCCUUACAGCAGAAGGUUGCUGAAUAGAAAACUAUAAUUUCGGCUCUUGAGAACAGGUUUAAAAUGGAAAGAGCUUCUGUUGCUGUUAAUUAGCUUUGUUUUCUCCAAAACAAACCCUAAUUUGUCAGCUUCAAGGUAGGAUCUUUUUUGAAAUGUAAGUCUUUGAUCUACAGAUUUCUGUGAAGUACCACGGCUUCAGAUUAGCAAACAUUUUAAAUGUUUCAAUUCUUUGUAAAUUAUGUAUAAAUAUCAUGAACACUUUUAUUAUGGUUAUGGCCGCAUGUACAUUUUAAUAAACAUUGUCUUUGCUGAAACGUA